AUGAGUUUGUAAAAAGUUGUUAAAUUAUAAAUAAAAUCUUAUUUUGCUGAAUGCUUAGGUGAAAUAUUUUCAGUAUUAAGGUAUCUUCCUCAUGGAAUAGUUUAUUCGCUGGGUAGUCAGCUAAGGAUACUAAACAUUCUUAUUUCAUCCAAAUAUUGCAAGAAUUUGACAAUAACUCCUCACUUUUUCAAUGUUUUUCGCUAGAGACUUAACUCAUAGGGAAAUGAAAUAUAAAUUGAGACAGGCCACUAUAAAACUAAACUUAAUGACUAGGAUGAAGUCAUAGACGAUAGAAUAUGGCUAUAGAUGGAUAUAGAAACUUCAGUAAACAGAAGUGACAAGAGGAAUACUUAACCCAGCAAUUCUACCUUUAAUGAGUCUCAAUUACUUGAAGUACUUUAGCCUUAAACUUUUAUGGAUGUCUUUACAAGCUAAUAAAUGAGAAGGUUUAUUAUGAUUUCAGAGUCUAUUUAAUUCUUGUUUUAAAGUGUUCCUUUUAUCAUUAUUGAAAUUAUUAACAACUAGAUGACACAAACUUGGUUGUCUGUUGAUGAAACUUACAUACCAAAUUUAGCUAUAUUCAUACUAGCUUGCAUAUAAGUUACUUUUACUUUGAACAUUUUUAUUGAUCUCCUUAUUACAGAAGAUUCUAUCUUAUAUUUGAAAAUGUAAGACCUUCUCAAAUACUAUGACGAAUAAUUUAAAAAAGGAGCUAACGUACAUCCUUUGAUAUCUAUUCCAUAGAUACCUUCUGAAUUUGUCUUUUUAGACAUCAAAGAUGCCUUCUUAUUUAACAACAUUAAUCAAAAAUUCAAAGAUAGGAUUAAGUAUCUGAAAUAUUUGAUUUCUAAAUAACCAGAUUUAUUUUAGCAUUAUAUCACUCUCCUUGGUUAAUAUAAAUGCAAUAAUCUCAAAAGAAUUUAGUUUGAUUUAAAGUAAAAUUAGUUAAAUGACUAAUCAAUUGAUCAUAUGAUAAGCAAGAGCUUUGAAACACUUACAAAAUGUGAGUAGCUUAUUGAUGUUAGUUUCGAUUUUAGCUAAAAUGAAAUCACAAAGGCUGGCUCUUAAAAACUGACAACUUACAUUAGCAAAAGAUUCAAACUAUAAAAUCUAGAAAUAAUAUUUAGCAAAAACAAUAUACUUUUAUAAGAGGCAUAUGAAUCUCUUAAUAGCUUUAAAGAGUACUUAAAUGUUAAAGAAACUAAAAUCGUCUGGAGUGACCAUUACCAAACAGAAAACAUUUUAUCAAAGAAAUCCCUUAUUGAAAAUGAGAGUGUUUAUGUACUACUUUACAGAGGAUCUCACCCGUUGGAAAAAUAUAAGGAAAUGAUUGACAAACACCAAUCUUUCCAUUUAGAUAUAUAAAUUGACGAAUUGUAAGCAGACCUUAUAUACAACUUUUCUAAAUUGAAGAUAAAUGAUGCUAGAUAUUCUGUUUGUUCACAUAUUGAAGACAAAAGAAGCUUCACAAUAUACUCAGAUCUUAGGAAAAUCAAAUAUGAAGAGAAGCUUAAAUCGCUUUAACAUCACAACAAUAUCUCAAACGGAGUUUUUAUAUUUGAUCUACAAUGCCUCCUUCUUUCUAGCAAAGACAAUAUAAAUUCUGAUAGUCUAGAAAGACUUGCUCUAUAAUUAAAUUAGCUAUAAAAAUAUCAGGCUAUUGUUCUUGAUUUAACGUCAUUUAACAUAAACUUUGACUUUAUACCUAGCUUUGCUUCUACUUUCAAAGAAGAUUCAGCGAUCAAAAAAUAAGUUCACCUUUACAUAAACUAUGAGUCUAUAAACUAUGAAUCUGUAGAAUAGCUCUUAAAGAUAUAAAACGAUUCUGUCAACUUACCAAAUUCAAGUGAAAAUGAUAGAAGGAUACUCAUAUUCACUAAGUAAAAAAAUUUAAGUGAAUCUUAAAUCAUAAACAUGAUCUAAUCUUUUAGAAAUCUUAAAGAUCUUACUAGUAUCUAUUUGAAUUUACCUAACAUAGAAUAAAAUGGUAUUAGUUUAUUAUCUCAAAAUUUAGAGCAUCUUUAAAGUCUAAAAGGUCUAGAGCUGAUUUUAGGAAACUGUGGAAUUAAAAUUGAAGGAAUAAAUAAAAUUGCUUAGUCUCUCAAAAACUUUAAAAAUCUUAACAAUUUAGGAAUUGACAUAGAGUUCUUUUAGUUAAAGGAAAAUGGAGUAGCUUCAUUUUGCCAAGGAAUAGAGGAACUAAUAAACUUAAAUAGACUUUUCUUAAGGAUAGACCAUGGAAGCAUUGGAAAUUCAGGAUUAGUUACACUUUCAAAAUCUAUUGAGAAAUUACAAAAUAUUAAAGAUCUCAUACUCUUUUUAGGAGCAAAUAGCUUUUCGAUAGAAGGAAUCUAAAGUUUAUCUCACUCUUUGUGCACACUUUAGAAUUUGCAACAAUUAUCUUUGGAUAUGAACUCCACUAAUAUUGGAUAAGAUGGUCUAAUAGAAAUUUUAUAAGUUAUUUAAAAAAAUAAACUCUUACAAUAAUUUACUUUAAAAGCUCACUAUGGAUCAAUAUUUAAAUCAGAAUUAAGUCAUAAUAUAUAAGAAUGCUUAAAGGAAUCUCAAUUAAACAAAAUAGUCCUAGAUUUGUUUGGAAAUAAGAUUACAAAUGAUGGUUUUAUUUCAAUUACAAAUGGACUUUGUGAACUUAAAAAGUUGGAAGAUUUAAGUUUAUUAUUAAGUGAUUGUGAAAUAUAAACUGAAGGAUUGGAUUAUUUUAGUUCAUAGUUAAACAAACUUGAAAAGUUAACAAUCAUAGAUUUAGAUUUCAGAAAUAAUAGAUUAAAUCGAACAAGCAUUUAAAAGAUAAGCUAAGCUCUUUCAGAAAUUAAAAAGUUGAAAAAAAUAAACUUAAAUCUUAGGAACACAUAUUUAACUGAAUUCCCUUUUUCUUGCUUAGUAGAAAAUCUAUGUAUAUUGACAUAAAUUGAAACUCUUCAUUUGGAUUUAGGGGAGAAUGAAUUUUUAACAAGUCCAAUGAAAAAUUUGCAAAUAAAAUCAUAAAACAUAACAUCUUUAAGAUUCUUAAAAGUUGUCAUGGAAUAAAGUCAAUUCCUCAACAAAGAUCUCGAUUAUUUAUCAAAUUUCUUGUCAUAAAAUAAUUAACUUUUUGAAUUAUCAAUUAAUAUAAGUGGGGUAUAUAUUGAACCAGAGAGGGUUUAAAAUCUUUUAAAUACUUUUGAAGACUUCAAUUCUAAAUUGAUUAAGCUAGUAUUAAAAAUAGAUUAAUCUUUGAUGAAUGACAUCUAAUACAUUUAUGAGAGGCUAAAAAAUAGAAAAAUUGACUUUCAAAUAUUACAUUGA